AGAACAGCUUUGCCACUAGCAACCACUUCAACACAAAUAUCUCAACCUCAAAUACCCACAACCGGUCUUCAAUAUGUGGAUGAUCAGUUGGUUCUGGGACGUCCUGUCAUCCCUUGGACUCCUCAAUAAGCACGCCAAGCUGCUGUUCCUGGGUCUUGACAAUGCCGGAAAGACGACCUUGUUGCACAUGUUGAAGAACGACCGUGUUGCGAUUCUUCAACCAACCUUACAUCCUACAUCCGAGGAGCUUGCCAUCGGCAAUGUCAAAUUCACAACAUUCGAUUUGGGCGGACAUCAACAAGCUCGCCGUCUAUGGAAAGAUUAUUUCCCAGAGGUCUCCGGUAUCGUAUUCCUCGUUGACGCCAAGGACCACGAGCGUCUCUCCGAGUCCAAGGCCGAGCUCGAUGCCCUCCUCUCCAUGGAGGAGCUCCAGAAGGUCCCAUUCGUUAUCCUAGGAAACAAGAUCGACCACCCAGACGCCGUUUCGGAGGAUGAGCUGAGGCAUCAACUUGGCCUCUACCAGACAACUGGCAAGGGCAAGGUGCCUCUUGAGGGGAUUAGGCCGAUCGAGGUGUUCAUGUGCUCUGUUGUCAUGAGACAGGGUUACGGAGAUGCGAUCAGAUGGUUGUCCCAGUACGUUUAGACGACACGAGCAUACCGACGAAGCGGAGGGGAGUUGGGAGAGCAGCGGGAGGAUACAGUUCGGACGAGUAUAUCAUAAGAAGAGGAGUUUUGCAAUGGAUUUUACCGGUCUACUCUUUUUCGGCGAUUAAUCCGAAUGCGUUUUAUGUGCCUACGUUUUUAAGAAUCACAAUGAAGCUUCAAUCCUAAAACUAAGCCCCUCAUGCGGCGUCGAUCCAACUGGCUCUGUAUACUUGUGCGCAUAGCCACCGAUAUCUUCCUUCUAAGGGGAAGCAGUUUAACACUACUCUUAUCAUCUGUGAGAAUUGCAGUUGAAAAUGCCUUUGGAUUAACGCAACAGUUAUAGACGUACGUAGGUUUUGAUAAAGAGCUACAGCUACAGUCGCAUCCUAUAGCAGCUCCUUCAAAGCUGCGAUACUAUUAACGAACUGUUAUACUUGUAUACGGGGUAACUUGAUUGGAACGAGGUUUCUGGUGCCUCCACCAACAGUAGAGGAAUACCUUCUUUGUACUAGCUAG